ACCAGCAUGCCAUCAGGUUCAUCCCGAGGGAAAAUGGAGUUCAUUCCAUCGACGUUCGUUUCAACGGCAGCCAUGUUCCCGGCAGUCCCUUCAAGAUCAGAGUGGGAGAACCAGGACAGGUUGGAGAUCCCGGCAUGGUGUCUGCUUUCGGACCAGGACUGGAGGGAGGAACCACAGGCGUGGCGUCAGAGUUUGUUGUGAACACGUGUAAUGCUGGCUCAGGGGCUCUGGCUGUGACCAUCGAUGGACCGUCGAAGGUCAAGAUGGACUGUCAGGAGUGUCCUGAGGGCUACAAGGUCUCCUAUACACCUAUGGCUCCUGGACACUACCUGAUCUCCAUCAAGUAUGGCGGACCCCAGCACAUCGUAGGCAGCCCCUUCAAGGCCAAAGUCUCAGGACCUCGUCUGUCCGGGGGCCACAGUCUGCAUGAGACAUCGUCUGUUCUCGUGGAAACUGUCACCAAGUCAUCAGCGAUGGGAGGGGCCUUCGCCUCCUUACCCAAAUUCUCCUCAGACGCCAGUAAAGUCAUCUCCAGAGGCGCCGGCCUGUCGAAGGCCUUCGUAGGUCAGAAGAACACGUUCACAGUGGACUGCAGCAAAGCAGGCACCAACAUGUUGAUGGUGGGCGUUCACGGGCCAAAGACGCCCUGCGAGGAGGUCUACGUCAAACACAUGGGCAACCGGAUGUACAACGUCACGUAUACGGUCAAAGAACAAGGCAGCUACAUCCUCAUCGUCAAAUGGGGCGACGAGAACGUCCCCGGCAGUCCCUUCCACGUCACCGUCCCUUAAACCUGAACUCUUCAUCUCUAUGUCGUCCCUCCGCUGCAGCCCCUCACCCUCCUCACCCUCCUCACCCUCCUCACCCUCCUCACCCUCCUCACCCUCCUCACCCUGAUGCACUGACCACACAAAGACUUUUCACUUCCUGUUUUCAGUCUCUUUCUGGUGUCUCUUGGAAAAACUCUGUUCACUUUAGAAUUUAUAUCACUUCAACUUCACAGUGCUGACCUUGGAAGGUAGAAUCACACAGUCCAACAGUAAUAUCAGAAGAUGUUAUCAAGAUAUUAUCCUUUAAGCACAAGAUACUACUGAGGUCAAACAAGACUUUAACAUGUGCCUACAAAUAACAUCUAAAAAGGAUCUUGUGUGCACAACUUUUAACUUAUAUUUAACCUAAACUGUACCCUGAAGUAUCUUGUCUGAGUGUCUUGCUCACCCACGAUAAAAUGAAAUCACCUUGGGGACCUCAGGCUACUCUUAUUGACUCGGUUCAGUGAAGGACAGCAUUUGGACAAAACCACUUAGCAGAUCUUUGUACGAUAACGAUUUCUUCAGGAUGUUUCUGGAUUUAUCUGAAAAACUGUGGAUGCAGGAAUGUGUAGAUGCCCCAGUUUUUUAUUCUUACAUCUCAAAGUCUGAUUGUACAACUUGUUUCAUGAUGUCUGGUUAAACCUGUGUUGUAAUGGCGUCUCCCCACCGAGCUGCAGAAAGCUGAAGGAUCAGGACGAGCUGUGCUGGGACUUUAUUUAUUCUCUUUUCCCCCCUCAUUUUAUUUUCUUUGACAGAAAAUGGUCUUAUUGUAGAGAAAGCGAUGAGGCUGAUCUUCUUUCCUGAAUUAGUUGUUCAGAGACAGACGUGAUGAUUCAGAUUUUCUUUUUUUACCACAGGAAGAAGUGCAGUGAAGCAAUCAGUGUGUUUUGUGAAUGGUGAUGUUGCGAUGACACAGUAUUACAGAGUGACAUUUUAUAGUGAUUUUGUAUGUAUCAAAACUGGAUGAAUGAAGUAAAUUGUUUGAUAUGUUAACCUUCAAUCUGGCAAGAUUGUGCAGGCAUAAUAAAGUAUAUUCGCUAACUUG